AAAUACAUUUUAAUAUGAUUGGGGGAUUUCUUUUUUUGUGACGUAUAAGUUUUGUUGCAUAACAGAGAUGUGACCGCUCGUCCGGAGCAGCCCCGAGCUGCUGCUGCUGCAGCGGCGUGUUCGGCCCCGCCCCCUUUUCUCUACGUCACGACUUCCCUUGAAGCCUCUGCGGGUUGUCAUGACGACAGCGUUGCGGCUCGUAUCUAAAGGCAUUCAGCGACUGUGCACUUCUGAGACAGAGAGAAGAACAGAAACACUAUCGACCAGAAAGAAAACCACCACGACGGAACAGCAGAACUUUGCGUUGAGUGGUGAUUUCCGAUACAAGAAGGGGAGGGAAUAAAAAAAAAAAAAUGAAUGAAAUCAAAUUACAACCGGGAUUCAGUCUUCAGGCCUCCUUCCGGUUUCACCAUGAAGUACUAAGAACUAAGAUAUAAACUAAGUGAAAAAUGGCGACUUUAAAAGGAGUGGAUCACACAGCGGUGGCUGGAUCAGACGAGGAGCCUCCAACACAGGAGGACACGGUUGGUGAGCAGCUUCACGAGACACCAGAGAGAAGACUAACCGAUGUCCUUCUAGAUAUCAGUGUGGAGGACCUCUCAAAAGAAAUGGAGCCGUAUGAGUAUCACCGUUACCCUGGUAUGGAAGAAGCUGGCCGUGGUUGGGCCAGAGUUGCUCCACUGGGCUGCAUACUUUGGACUGAGAAGAAAUGUAGGAAACCAAAGCAUAAGGAGGCCGACAACCCGACCCCCUUGUCUGUUGACCCAACACUCAUCGCAGAGCACCUCUGUGAGUCGCAUGCAGCCCCUCACAACAACUUUAAUAAAUCCAUGGGGUUAAAACAGCAGGUGGGAUCUUGGAGUGCCACUGCUACAGCGGCUCUGCAGAUAGAUGACUCAGAAUGGCCCGUCUUCAAUGCCAUGCAGAAAACCAUACCACUCAUCUCACUCCAAGAGGCGCUCCAGGAGGAAGGGACACUCAGAGCGACUUCUUCGCAGUCUCACCAUAGGUCCUCAAAAUACACAAAGCCAGAGAACAGGCCCAUAAAGUCUCAGAAACAAAGCCACAGGCCUAAUAGCACCCUGGUUCCCAUAAAAAACUUCACAUUUUUUCCACCGAUCAAGUCGCCACACCUAAAUCUCAAGGUUGGCAGCCAGCUCUGCAGUGGCAAGAAGGCCUCAGAGGGAGAAACCCUAGAGGAAAACUGUGUCAUGUUUGACAAGAAGAGUGAGGCCAGAAGAACAAGAGUCGACCCUGUUGCAAGUGCAGAGCUUCCCCAUUACCCCACAGCCCAGAACUCCAAACAGCGGACAUGUCAGCAUAACCCCCACUUGUUCUCUGCUGUAAGCAUUUCUAUCUCCAAAAGGUAUCGGGUGCCCAGGUCAUCCAAACCAGAUGCAGCGCACAACAGGAGCUACUCAAUGCGUGAAGCAGACCCACUGGCAUAGUGGGUCUGGUUCACGCAGAUGCCCAAGCCCAUUUGAACCACAGCUGUCUGUUUUCUUAAGGAACAAGGCUGUGUACUGCUACGCUGUAUGAGGCCUGUGAAAUAUAACUGGAAAGCGUCUGGAGACUAUUCAAGUGUACCACAAUUUUCAAAUCUCAGGUUCAAGAGUGUAAAGUCUCAUCAUCAUGCAUGUCUCAGCCUUAAUGCAUCAUACAGUGUUUCCAUCAAAAUAAUCAGUUGUAAGAAUGAAUUCAACGUAAGGGACAUGUUAAUGAAAGUCAUAGCAGAGAUAAUUAAUUUGGUGUUAGUGUUCAGACCAUAUACUCACCAUAACAGUCAAGUGAAAGGAACAUUGAAACAUUUAGCUCUUUGUGUCACUUUAAUUUUUUUCUGACCAGUUCCCACAAGUGCUUCUUCAACUGUUCUGGUUUCCUAGAAACAGUGCAACGUACCUCGUAAGAAUCCUGCCCUGGACUAUCUGCUUUUUUAAACUCCAACUUUAGUAUCGCAUUGAGGCUACUGCAUCUGGUCAGUAUGUCUUCAGUUUUGUAUCAUCAUGAUUCCUGGUGGGAUGUGGAUAGAGUCUGGGUUAUGUAGCGUACAAAAGUUUAACAGUGCGGGGAUCCUUUUAUGAAUGGUGUCAUGUUGGUCUCCAAAAAACAGCCAUUUACUGUAAAAUUAUUGAAAUUAGGACAAGCGUUUUACUUUGCAAAAUGUUUCUACUACCUCUUUGUGUUCAACUGCCCUGUGCCCUACAAUUUUUUAGAACGGUUUUCUUUUUGAUAUGUCAUUUCAGUUCUUAGUAUAACAAGAAAUAUUUUCUCAGAGA